UUAUUUAAAUGUAAUGACAAUUGACAGUGUGUAAUAAUUUUUUGCAGCUGACAUGGAUCACGUUAGGGUUCAUCCUAGAUUCUUGCAUUCAAAUGCUACCAGUCACAAAUGGGCUUUGGGAGCUUUUGCUGAGCUUCUAGACAAUGCCUUGGACGAGGUGUGUAAUGGAGCUACCUAUGUCAAUGUUGAUAUGGUUAUGAAAGCCAAUACUAAGAUGUUGGUUGUUCAAGAUGGAAAUGGUUUCAAGACUAGUAGCAUGAGGCUCGGAGCAGACGUGAUUGUUUUCUCGCGCUUUCGGGGCAAGUACGGGCUAAGGUACUUUUCCUUUUUUUUUUUUUUUUUUUUUUUUUUUUUCCGAUUUUUUAAUGACAAUCGAAAUAUGGGGCGAUUAUAUUUAUCGAUGUUUAUAUAUAUUUUUUUGCCUUGUAGCACAACACAAAGCAUCGGAUUGCUGUCGUUUACGUUCUUGCAGAAUACCGGGAAGGAAGAUAUAAUAGUUCCGAUUGUCGAUUAUGAGAAAACGGGAGAAACAUGGAACAAGCGUUUGAAAUCAUCCGACGAAUGCUGGCAAAGAAAUCUUGAAACCGUCGUGCAAUGGUCUCCGUAUGAUAGCGAAGAAGAACUCGUAGGACAGUUUAAUUUCUUGGAAGAUCAAGGAACACGUAUCGUAAUCUAUAAUCUCUGGGAGGACGACGAAGGAUUACUAGAACUCGAUUUCGAGGCCGAUCAAAAUGACAUUCAAACUAGAGCUGGCAACAGAGAUGACAAGAAGUUAAUGACAAUAGCAAAUGACCACCCAAGCUCUAGGCGGUUUCUUACUUAUCGACACUCGUUGCGGAGCUAUGCGUCGAUUUUGUACCGUAGGAUUCCACCUGGUUUCUCGAUCAUCUUACGAGGAAAGGAAGUCGAAUAUCACGACAUAGUUGAUGAUUUGAUUCACCCUCAAAAGCAUGUUUACAAGCCGGUAGCUUGUGCAUCAUCCAAAGAUCCUAAUAUGUCUGCAGCUGUAACACUUGGAUUUAUUAAAGAUGCAGGACAUCAUAUUGAUGUUCAAGGGUUCAAUGUAUAUCAUAAGAACAGACUUAUUAGGCCGUUUUGGAGGCUGUGGAACGCCUCGGGAAGUGACGGUCGAGGAGUCAUAGGUGUUUUGGAAGCGAAUUUUGUCGAGCCGGCACACGAUAAACAGGGAUUUGAGCGCACAACUGCGCUUUCUAGACUCGAGGCUAGACUGAUACAUUUGCAGAAGACUUAUUGGUCUACAAAUUGCCACCUGAUUGGUUACGCUCAAAGGCGUCACUCAAAGAAGCCCGUUUCCCCCGAGAAAGAAGAAGCAUCACCGCCUAAUGCUGACGAUAAGUCGAACUCCACACAUAAUACAACGUCGGCCCCGAAAUGGAACGGCAAAAAGGGCCAAAAAUCAUCGCCUGUUGUUAGAGAGAGAAAUCGGUUUGAGGCACAGCCAGCUGUAAAUCAUAACACCUCGUCUUCUUCUUCUCCAUUACGAGUGGCGCCUGAAUCAAUGUUUCCACCACAAGAUGCUCAGCCUUCGAACAUGCUUGUCAAGAUAGAAGAUGUCAACAAAGCUGGACCUACACCACCGUUUUCUUCACUUACUGAAAUGGUUCUUAAGUUGAUGGACGAGAAUCGAAACUUGAGAAAUAGGUAUAGUAACUAAACUACUAAUGCAAUA